AACAAAAUGAAGCUGACAUUGCGUACGUAGCGCCUUCGCAGUUGUUUGAUUUUAGAAAGCGACGAUUUAAGUUUCUGGCCCAUAGUUUAAUGUUGCUAUGGCUUCAUCCUGUAUGCAGUUGUGUCAAAGAAGCAUUGGGCUUCUUGGCGCCAAGACAGUGGGUAUCACCUUGCAAUACUCUACUCAAGUCCAGCCUUGGUCUGCAGUCUUCAGGACAUCCAGCAAAAUCCUAACUGGACCCGCUUUUAUAUCUGGGAACCGUUACACACUUCACAUGAAACAGAGGUGGAGACAAGGGGUGUGUUAUUACAGUGACUCUCAUGCAAAUCAUCUGACAAAUGACGUCAAGGAUGCUGAAGAGUCAUCAGGAACUGAUAGUUUGAUGCCAUUACAAAACCAAAACUCUCAAUUUGAAGAUGUCAUGCCAUCGACUGAAAGUCAGAUGGCACUGGCUCUAGAUGCACCUUCACAUCCCUCUGCUUUAGAGGAGAUCUGUGAUGAAGAGGCUGUUCGUAUAUCUGUUUCGACGGACCUGCCCCCUGCCUCCUUCAGUCUUAGAGACUAUGUUGACAAGUCUGAGACACUCAGCAAGCUGGUACAGCUAGGUGUGAACCUCUGGAAGCUAGAGCAAAGGCCCAAUGUCGGUACCAUGCUAUUGAAGCUGGAUUUCAAGACUGACGUCGCCCCAAGGCUUCUCUUCCUCAAAGAAAUUGGUGUGGAGGACUCUCGUCUGGGGCACAUUGUCUCUGAAAACCCCUUCAUUUUAACUGAGGACCUGGAGAACCUGCGGACCAGGGUGAAUUAUCUAAGGUCAAAGAAGUUCAGCUCUGAAUCAGUGGCGUCCAUGGUGUCCAGAGCGCCCUAUCUGCUCAACUUCAGUGUGAAGAGGUUGGACAACAGACUGGCAUUCUAUCAGAAGCAACUCGGUCUCAGUGCUGAGAAUACACGGAAUGUUUUAGCUCGCCUACCAAGAUUACUGUGUGGGAGUUUGGAACCUAUUAAAGAGACCCUGAAGGUAUGCAAAAUAGAGCUUGGUUUUAAGGAAAAUGAGAUCCAGCACAUUGUUAUAGCCAUCCCCAAAGUUCUGACAGCAAACAAGAAGAAACUCACUCAGAUAUUUGACUAUGUGCAUAACACCAUGAAGGUGCCACACCACCUGAUAGUCAAGUUCCCACAGGUCUUCAAUUCUAGUUACCUGUGUGUCAAAGAGCGCCACCUAUUCCUUCAGUAUCUUGGAAAGGACCAGUUUGACCCAAACCAGCCCAAUUACAUCUCACUGCAAAGACUGGUUUCCCUGCCCGAUGAUGCCUUUUGCACAGAAGUGGCCUUGGCCACAUUGGAAGACUUUUAUUUAUUCCAGAAGACACUGUGAUUCUUCAUUUGGGACAGUUCAAGAAGAAAUAGGCUGUCAUGCAUAUGCAAUAUUACCCCUAAUGUGCAAGGCACACAUAAGUAACAAUUCAACGUGAUUGGUAUACGUUUUUCGGCUAAGAAAAGACAUGGACGUUUAUCUCUGAAUAUCUCUUCAAUCACUCAAAUAUACCAUUUCAUGGCAGCAGACAAAACAAAACACAUUUAUCAUAAUGCCAUCAUCAGGGCACUGAUGAUGGUGCUACUUCCAUAAUGUAAAAGCCUUCAUAUUGAGUGACUGAAGAGUUUGCUUGACACACUUGUUGGUCUUGAGUGCAGUGUUUGUUUGUUUUUUUUUGGGGGGGGGGGGGGAUUUUUCCCCCGUUUUCUCCCAAAUUGUACCUGUCCAAGUACCCCAGUCUUCCGAGCUCCAGCUCCUCUGUCGCUCCGAAGAGGGCUGCAGACUACUACAUACCUCCUCUGAUACAUGUGAGGUCGCCAGCCGCUUCUUUUCACCUGACAGUGCGGAGUUUCACCAGGGGGAUGUAGCGCAUGGGAGGAUCACAUUAUUCCCCCCAGUUCCCCCCCACCCCCGAACAGGCGCCCUGACCCACCAGAGGAGGCGCUAGUGCAGUGACCAGGACACAUGCCCACAUCCAGCUUCCCACCCGCAGGCACGGCCAAUUGUGUCUGUAGGGACGUCCGACCAAACCGGAGGUAACACAGGGAAUUUGAACUGGCAAUCCCCAUGUUGGUAGGCAACAGAAUAGACUGCUACACUACCUGGAUGCCCCUGCCACCCGGACGCCCCAGUGUUUUCUUUAACAGUCAUUGAAUAUCUCUAAAAUCUAUACAGUACAGUGUAGUAGUUUUAUCAGUUAGAAGUUACCCCUGGUUAUUGAACUUUUUUAAAAAAUUGAUGUCACUUAUUCUAAACAGAUGGCCUAUCCACUGUCUGGAAUAAGUGACAUAAAUUUUUAAAAAGAGUUCAUCAUCAUUUGUGGACCACACCUGCAUGGCAAAAUACUCAUGUGGAAGCAGCCGUGGAUAAUAAUAAAUUUGAGGUAAAGUCUUUGUUUUGUAAGUAUGAUAUCUGAUCAAAUCAACAGUAUGUAGUAGAUAAUGUAUUUAUAUUUUGCUAAUAAAAUUCUCUG